UGCUCGGCGGGAACCGGCACUGGAAACCAUAAUUAAAAGUCGUGUGACCUGUGCGAACGUAACUUUGAGGUCGUGAGUGUAAACAUAAUUUAAAAAUGAUUAAAGAAUAUUUGCUAGAAAAUCAUCGGGAACAGCUGGAUGAAAUCCUAGACGAACCCGAUGUCGAUGUCUUCUACUCUAUCCACGUAAACUUUGUGUCAUUGUUUGAAACUGAUAUCAAUGUGGCACAGAAAAUUUUACAAUAUCCUAGGUAUUAUUUGCCUCUGUGCGACAACGACAUGAUAAAAGCUCAGGAGGAAAUUGCAAAAGCAGAACAAAUUGUAAAACGAAAAGUUCAUGUCAGAGUUACUGCUGUGCCAUUCACAGUUGACCAAGGUCAAAUUGGGCACCUGGUGUCCAUAAGUGGUAUUGCGGUGAGAGUGUCGCAACCAGCAGUAUUAAAAACUGUACAAAAGUAUAACUGCAAGAAGUGUAAACACACCACUGUUCUAAAAUACGAAUGGGAGACACAAUCGUUCCCAGAAACCACAGAAUGCGAAGCAUGUCAUGUACCAAAUGUAAAACCACAGGCAAAUUUUGAUCCAGAAGACUCUUCUGAUUGCCAGGAAAUAAGACUACAAGAAAAAGGUAAAGUAGACACUAGUAGAACUCUUGCCGAAGAGCUGCAGAUCAUGUUGCUGGAUGAUUUGGUAGAUAAAUGUAGACCCGGAGAUAACGUUGAAAUCAGCGGUAUAAUAAUAAGAGUCUGGGGUCCUCUGGAAGUCGGUGAACGUUUAGAGGCAACAACCUUAAUGCUAGCAAACUCUAUCUCGGUGAGACGCAAAGUAUCAGAAUCGAUCUCGAGUCAGGAAGUGAAAGAUGUGUUCCUAAAUUAUUGGGAAAAAUACCACGACAAUCCUCUGCUCGGCAGAGACAAUAUCAUAGCAUCGAUUUGUCCGCAACUUUAUGGAAUGUAUAUCGCGAAGCUAGCAUUAGCAGUAGUCCUAGCCGGGGGUGUUCCAAAGACUAACGAGAGCGGAACGAGGGUGCGAGGCGAGCCGCAUCUUCUUUUGAUCGGCGAUCCAGGGACUGGCAAGUCCCAGUUGCUUCGUGCAGCGUCCCGGUUGGCUAUGCGAUCGGUGCUAACAACUGGUAUCGGAUCAACCGCAGCCGGGCUUACGGCAACUGCCAUCAGAGACUCGGACGGCUGGCAUUUGGAAGCUGGAGCGUUGGUGUUAGCCGACGGCGGUGUCUGCUGCGUGGACGAGUUCACGACAAUGAGCACCCAAGACAGAACCUCUGUUCACGAGGCGAUGGAGCAGCAAACGAUAUCCAUUGCGAAAGCUGGGUUAGUCAGCACGCUGAACUCUAGAUGCUCGGUGAUCGCGGCGAUCAACCCGAGCGGCGGCCAGUUCGACGAGGAUCAAGAAUGGGAGACGAAGCUUGGCGAUCCACUCUUGUCGAGAUUCGAUCUGAUAUUGUUGUUGAAGGACAACAGGAACGAGGAAUGGGACAGGCUGACGUCCGGCCACAUUCUGAAAGCGGCUUGCGAGACCGGAGAGGAGUCGGCGCAAAUAGACUCGAACAAUCAUAUCGAAUUGCUAAAGUCCGAGGGUAUAUGGAAGGAGGAGUCCUUGCGGGACUAUUUGUCUCACGUACACUCGUUGCAACCGGAAAUCACUAAGGAGGCGGAGCUGGUGCUCAGAGCCACUUAUCUCUAUCACAGAGCUCGGCCAGAAAGAAGGGAGGAACGGACAACGGUGCGAUUACUCGAUAGCCUUAUCAGAAUGGAUGUCACAUCGCUGGUGCCGGCCGGUGUUCUCGCGGGCCAAGUGGAUCUGUUCGAUGUCCAGGCCGGUUACAAUAAAUUCUCGGAGAACUUGCGGAAGUACACGCCGCCGGCCAUACAGUGCGCGAUCUUCUGCGGCGGAUCCAGGUGCAAGUAUGAGAACCCGAGAGCAUGGCAGCCGGUGCACAUGGCGAUACAGAACAUCUUUUCGCAUUGGGUGACGGACGACGUUCUCGCGAUGGCGCGGCCGAACACCGGGCAGAUGAUCAAAAAAGAUAUAAUUGCGCAGUUUCAAGGGUGGAGCAUAAAAACCAUAAUAAACCUGCAAACGCCGGGAGAACAUGCGAGCUGCGGCGGCCCGCUCGAGCCCAGCGGUUUCACUUACGAUCCCAACGUCUUCAUGAAAAAUGGCAUUUACUAUUACAAUUUCGCGUUGAAGGACUACGGGGACGCGACCAUGGGCAAGCUUCUGGACAUGGUCAAGGUCGUGGCAUUCGGGGUGCAGGAAGGAAGAGUAGCGAUCCACUGUCACGCUGGCCUAGGCAGAACCGGCGUUCUGAUCGCGUGCUACCUUAUUUACAGUCUACGUGUGCGAGCGAACGACGCCAUCAGGUUCGUUCGCAUGAAACGGCCGUCCGCGAUACAGACACGGGGACAGAUACUCUGUAUCCAGGAAUUCGAGCAUUUCGUUCUUCCUCAGAUGAUAGUGUUCCCUUUGAGCAGCGGCAUAGGCGACCGCAAGCCAUGCAGCCUCCAGUCGCAUCUCAAGAGGCAGCACAACGUUCUGCACGGAUACGAGCAGCGCACCUUCAAACACAUUCCGAAGAUCGUCUUCACAAUUUGCGAGCGAAUCCUGCAGCUUUGCGACUGCAAGGAGGACAACUCGCCCUGCGAGAUCAAGUUCGAGGUGUCCAGCUCGUCGUUCGCCCAAAAGUUCAUUUCCCACGUGUUGGAGAGACUGCGGAACAGCAAGGGGAACAUCAGGCACUCCUACUCGUGGGCCGAGUCCCUCGCCGAUUCGUCCAUCGACUGUUCCAGUUCGGCGAAGGCCUGUGCCAGCGGCAGUCAAGCGUCUUCUCGGGACACGGCAGACGACAUCGGUCGGUUGAGCGACGUGUUCUGCACCUCCCCGGACACUCCAUCGUGCGACUCCACGUAUCCAGGUCUGGACGACAACUGCGUGGACGACGUCCUCGGCGAUGGGAUUCACUGUCAGGACCUCAUAGACAACGACUGUUACAAGGAGAUCCAGUCGCACAUGGACCUGAAGGCUGCCGCUCAGAACGCAGCUUUCGAACGUGUCAGCACCGAGGAGGCGAUCAGAGCUCUGAUCAGAGACAACGCUACCUUGCCCGAUAAGACGAAGAAGCGAUUGUUGGACUACCAGGCGGAUCUGAAUCACAGAUCCACAGCCUGGCAGAGGCUGCAGUUGGAGACCGACUUGGACGUGCUCUCGGGGCUGCUGUUCGACUGGCUGGAGACUCUGAAGAGGCCUCUGCUCGACAUAGAUAGCCUGAGUUUCGUCGUGGUAUGGGGCUCCAAGCCGCAACGAUGCCUCGAGAAGCUGUCCCCCUGCAACAGAUACGUGUUGGAGUAUCUGCUACGGUUCGUCACACGGCUGAGACCGAUGACCGCUGAGAGCCAGAGCCUGAUCACGAAACGGUUCAUGGCCAGCCUCACGCAGCAGAGCAUCUGGAUCAAAAGUUCCUUUUAUCCUUCCAAUCGAAAUUUCCAUAAGCUACGCCGGGGCACCGCGGCGAAGCUGAACGAGUUUUUCGUCAGGCUGAUGAACCUGAUCGAGGAGGUGAACACGCAGGAAAUGGAGAGACCCACGUGGACGUCGAAAUGGGAACUGGUGUCCAGCCAGUUGGGCCAGAUCGACGGGCCGGAGGACGACGAACCACCGACUUGAGUCGACCAGGUGUCGUCGAAACAACGGGAUGAUGUAUUGUUUGCGUUGAUAUUGGCAUUUCGUUCUCGAGAGUCGUAUAAUUAUCAGUUGAGAACGGCAGUUGCGACUCGAGGUUUUUAUUUUUUACAACGGUCGCAGAUUCUCUCGUUCGGAUGCUGUAUAUUCCAAGCUAUAACAUGAGCAAAUAAAAAAAAGAAGUAUUUUAGUAGUAACGAG